UAGCGAUCUGUUUGUUGACCACAUUGCGUGCCUUCUUGCUUCGCGAAGCAUGUAGAUACGUUGUGGUGACAAUAAAAAAAAGUAUUGUUGUAUAAAAAAGUGCGUUUUGUAAAAUAUAUUUUUUGUUACAUUGUUUUAACACAAAUUGUUUUAAUAUUUUUACAUAAUUUAUUAUCCAAAUAACACGAAAUAUAUUUUAAAAAUAGAGGGGAAGUACAAUGAAUGAAAUACACUUUGUGCUCGGUACCAUAACUGCUGUAAUGUUGCUGGUAUAUUGGCAAUGUUGGAGAUGGAGACAUAAGAGGAUGCUGGAGCUCGCCAAACUGGUACCAGGCCCUCCGGCUCUGCCAAUUGUUGGGAAUGCUUUGAUAUUUAUGACACAACCUGAAAAGCAACUUAUUAAAAUAGCGGCCCUGUUGGAAAAAUAUGGUCAAUAUAUUAAAUUCUGGUUGGGACCGGACCUCAAUAUUUGUGUGAAAAAUCCUAAUGAUGUCAGGUUCCUGCUUACGAGUAACAAAGUGAACCAGAAGGGCCCAUUGUAUAACUUUAUGGUGCCAUUUAUUGGGCAAGGAAUUCUCACUGGAGGGCCAACAUGGCGAAAUCACAGGAAAAUAGCGAAUCCAUCAUAUAAUAAGAAAUCAGUGCUUCAUUAUUCAACUGUUUUCAACAAAGAAGUUAAAGAAUUAAUUAAAGUAUUAAUUAUGAAAGAUCCCAAUACGACGUUCGAUGUUUAUUUAGACGUGGUCAAAUUCACCACGCAAUGUGUAUGUCAAACUCUCAUGGGGCUUUCUAAGAAAGAUUCGGGAAACAUAAAACGCAUGGAGGAAGUUAUAAUAGAAACACCUAACAUAUAUGACUAUAUCUUUACAAAAAUGACCCAUUGGUGGCUUUCCAUACCGUUUGUGAACUGGAUCACUGGUGGACAAGCUAAAGAGAGAUAUUUCAUUAAAUUGAUCGAUGAUUUGACAUCGGAUAUAUUGGAAAAACGGAGGAAGGACUUAAAAAUGGAUUCUGAUGAAGAAGCGAUAGGUAUAGUGGACAGAUACGAUAUUAAUGGCGAACUGACCGACAGGGAAAUCAAGCAUGAGAUAUUUACAUUGUUCACAACCAGUCAAGAAGCCUCAGCAAAGAUCAUUUCAGGAGUUUUGAUGUUGUUAGCGCAUCUCCCCGAUUGGCAGGAAAAAGUUUACCAAGAAAUUAUCGAAGUGCUAGGUCCUAAUGAUGAAUAUGUUAAUGAAAAUGAUUUAAAGAAACUUCGAUAUCUAGAUAUGGUAUAUAAGGAGACACUGAGAUAUUUCUCUAUUGCUGCACUAAUCCAGAGAACUGUUGAAGAAGAAAUAACAAUUAAUGAUGGUAAAAUCACAUUACCAGUGGGAACGUCCCUGAUCAUCCCGAUUCACGAGAUCCAUCGAGAUCCUCAGUACUGGGAUGAACCGUUGAAGAUUAAACCUGAGAGAUUUCUGCCGGAGAACAUCAGCAAACGUGAUCCUAACGCGUUUAUACCUUUCAGUUUGGGAACUAUGGAUUGUUUAGGUCGUGUGUAUGCAACGUGUCUUAUCAAGACGUGUGUAAUUCGUGUACUGAGACAUGUACAGUUUGAAGCUGAAGGGAGCUUGGACAACCUGAAAUUACAUGUGGCCAUCUCAGUGAAGGCUGCAAAAGGCUAUAAUGUGAGAGCUAGGCGGCGCGUCACAGUAUUAAACUAGAUUAAAUAAUAUUUAAUACAAUUUAGUAUAAAUUUUAUAUUUAUAUUAUUAUACAUCAGUAUUAUUUUAUUCCGUUUUUCUUAUUCUUUUUAGUAAAAACUUGAGAUGUCUUUUUAUUAAAACAACUGUAUUAAAUAAUUAAUAACUAAAUUUAACAUUGUAGUUGAUGAUUUUUUAUUAUUGAAAAUAAUAACUAUUUUUGUAAUAUUAUUUUUAAAUUAUUAAAUUUUCUUUAAAAUAAUUUAAAUCGAUAAAAUUCUCACAUCAUUAUUUUAAAUUAGAUAAAACAUAUCAGAUAACAUUUUGCAUAUUUUAGAAAAUCAAAUUAUAUUUUAGCAAUACAAUCCUCCUAUUGAUUGUAUUGUGUAAAAAAGAAUCUGGCCCAAAAUAAAGAUCUCCUUUCAUUCAAAUUUCAUCAUCAAUAAAUGUUAACUAUACGAAUCUAUUAACCUACAAAUAGUAAUUUUAUUUUCUAAGUUUUUAUUACAUCCAAAUAAAAGGUUUCUAAAAUUA